GGUGUAUUUUAUUCAAUGAUAAUGCCAUGGAAUACGUGAAUACCGAGAUUGACAUUCGGAUCUAGUAAAAUUCACUGACACUGCUGCUUUACCUCAAUCUCGUAAAAUACAAACAUAACCAUUACAGUUCCUCUUGGUCCUCGCUUCCUUACGAAACAAAACAAUUCCCGUUCACAUAACAAGAUGGCUAAUAAUACACAAAUAGAAAUAGACCUAGUGUUAUAAAAGAUGGCCUGUGGGGUCUCACAGUGGCCUUCUAAUAAGUUACCAGACUACUCAAAAACCUGAAAAUUUAAACUCGAUACUUAGUCGAGCGCGAAGGAACAUUAUACUUCAAAUCGAAAUUACAUCGGGAUUCCCAACGAAUAGUUUUUUUCUGUUUUUGAAAUUACGUGUGCUAAAUAUAGAAACGAAGCCAUAGUGAGAAUUUCGUUUUACUUAGUACGAAAAUGUAUUUUUGUCUCCGAGAAAUCGCUGUGAAAAUUCCCCAUUAAUCACAGAACCACAGCUCUUCAAAAAAAACCCACGGGAAUCAAAUGCUGUCGGUUCUGGGUUUGCUCUCGAGAAACUAACGGUUCGACUACGUGUAUAUUUCCCUCGGUGAGCUUAUAUCGAGAGAGCGAUCGUGUAGCCUAACUCGACCUACCGCUCAACCGACUCAGUUUACUUUUGAUUAUUUCACGAGGCAUUGUUUUACAAUUCGGUGACGUCACAUACCACAUGCGCUUUAUGCUAUCCUUCGCCCCGUUCUUUCCUCAAUAUCGCAUCAAACAACCCUAAAACAGAAAACUCAUCAUUUGAACCGACUUUAGCGGUGGAUUCAACAUUACUAAACACUCCUGAGACCCAUAGGCAUCGAACAAAAGACAAAACAAGGCCUGCACACGUGUUGCAAAGCGUUUCCAGAGCUGGGUUUGCAGGUUUCCUAAGCUUUCGACUGCCAAAAAUCCCCUCAAAACGCCAUCCAAAAUGGCUGGUUUUGUCUUUCCCUUGAGAGUGCCAGAUGAUGAAGAGUAGUCGGAUGAGAUAGUAAGGAAAGGCUUGAAGAUUACUUGAGAAAGAUUUUUACCGGCAUAGCUUCGGGGGAAAAAACUGGUCGAAGGGAUGGAUCGAAGAGAUGUUCCUAACCAAAGCCCCGUUAAUGCACACAGCUUCUUCGAUAACUCCGGGCAUCCUAAUCCGAUGCUUCGAUCGCCGGCGUUAUCACACGAAAGGCCACCAUACGGAAUGCAUUCUUUACCAAGUGCCUUCUCUAUGAUGAGUAGGAGACCAGGGCUUUCUCACUCUGGCCAAGAUUUCCUUAGCCAAGACCCUAUCUUGGGCUCCCAAGCCAGCAUGUCACCUCCUGGGACCAUACACUCUGGACUUGGCGUAGGAAACGCUGGUCCUGGUUGGCCAUGGAUGUCUGCCCAUCCACAUAUGACAAGUCCUGACUAUUUCUCUUCUCAUAUACCUAGCGGAUGGCUGGGAGGACAUGAUCACGACCAGCACAGGGACAGAGUGGAUGAAUGUUUGUUCCCUAACCCAAGAUCACAUGGGGGAAUUAUGAAUGGAGUAUCUAAUUCUAGUAGUUAUGCCGCUGGCUCAGGCAUUUUCUAUCCGCAUCCAGCUAGCCCAACUCCUCAAAUACAUAGUUUUACACACCAUUCAAGCCCAGUGACAAUGUCAAAGAGCUGGUCAAAUCAGGGAAACCACAAUCAAAGAGUAACCUAUGAUCAUAGUGAUAACCAUCACGACUUAGACCUUUUUUCCCCUCAAAUGAAAUCUAGACAUCCUAGUCUGAGUUUGUCUGAUGAUCCAUGUGGAAUGGACAUUCCCAGCUUUCCUGAUACAGAUGGCGAUAAACAUGGCCCCCGAGGUCAAACUGAUGCAACAGGUGGUUACAGUGGAUUGCAUUUUAGCCCCAAAGAUCACCCCAUGGUGUCCCCAAAGCAGGCAAAAAGCACUGAUGCAUUGAGGUCGCCACCAAUACCCAGUAUGAAGUCACCCUCACAAACAGCUAUAAGAUCACCUUCUCAAACAAAACCACCACCACGAUCUGAGUCCAAACGGCAGGAACAGCAGAAUUCUAAACCUACUGAAACCAGAGGGAACAGUCAUUUGAAUACUUUACCACCAGUUCCAGCACACCGACCACCACAACCCGUUGAUGUCCUUCCUCCACCACCAAAAUUAGCAAAAACAAAACCAGUGCCACCUCCAAGACUACAAGUCCCUAAAUCUAUUUUGAAUGACUGUGAAAGUGUUAUUCCAUCAAAACCUGAUUUAACUGGAACUCUAAGCCGCCAAAAUAAGCAUUCUACUGUCAAAGAGGAGUCACAUGCUCAAAACUCGUCUGGUAGCCAAUGGCCAGCACUACUCAAUUCGAAGCAAUCUGGAAGUAACACUCAUAUGACAACUGCAACAACAGCAUCGAUUCGAGAGAGAAAAUUAUCCAUUCCUGAAAGACCCUCUGUUUUGCAGCAAAGUGGGCUUGCACAGCAAGCAGAGUUGCCUGCAAAGUCAUCAAUUGAUGUCGCUAGGCCUCCAGUAGUACCAAUCAGUAGCCAUAGCGCUGCACCCAUAGCACCCACCACUACCACUAAAACAACCAAAUCAGGAUUACCAGAACCUCCAAAAGUUCCGUCAGGAAAACCUCUGGCUAUGGCCAGGUUCAGGGUGCCAUUCAAUAACCAAGAAACCAGUGAUGAGGAGAGCGAUGGUAGCAGUGAAGUGAGUAGUGAAAGCGAGAGUGGCAGUGAUGCCGAGAGUGAGGAGGGGGAGGGAGAGGGAGAAGAAGUCAGCAGUGGCAGCGACAGCAGCACAGAUGAGGAGGGUACUGAUGAUGGAGAUGAGGAAGGAGGGGAGGAAGAUGAUGAUGAUGACGAUGAUGAUGAUGAAAAUCAGUCUGGUAUUUUGGCUCCUGAUAGCCAGGAUGGCACCAAGAUGCCAUCUCUAAAACGCAAACAACAACCUCUUUCAACUGGAAGCCCUAAAAGAAGAAGACGAGCUGUAGAUGAUGAUGCAGUUAUGGUUCCUCUGGAAUUAGGUUGGAAACGGCAGACACGGUUGCGGCCACUGGUUGCCGCCACCCCAGGAGGAUCACGUGGUGAUGUGUUCUAUUUCGCACCAUGUGGAAAAAAGCUCCGUACCUAUCCUGAAGUUGCUCGGUACCUAACAAGAAAUAAUAUUACCAACAUCACUGUGGAUAACUUCAGCUUCAGCACCAAGUUGUACAUUGGAGAAGUUUAUGAGUGCAAGGAUGAGAACAACUUUGAGCUGUUGAGUGAGGAGGAGGUCAAGAGUAGGAGGGAGGCUGCUGCCAUAAAGAAGAAGGCAUCUGAAAUGAUAGCAAAUCGAAGAGAAAAAAAGAGGCAAGCAGCUGACAUGGCGAAAAAAGCUCAAGAAAGCAAGAUGCGGAAGAAGAUGGAAAAGCUAAUGGCUGCAGAGGAGUCCAAGAGGGCAAAACAACAAAGAGCGGAGUCAAGAAAGCUAAAAAAACUUGAGCGCCAGCAAGCCCUGCAGCAAGCAAAACAAGCUAAAAGAGAACAAGUUCGAAUAAGGGCACAGCAAAAGAAAAUAGCUAAAGAGCAGGAAAAGCAGCAGCGACGUUUGGCCAAGAUGAGAAGACAAGAGCAGUUGAGGAUUGAAAAAGAAAUGAGAGCCCAGCAAGCGCAGGAGGCCCGUCGUAGAAAGAAGGAGGACGUUGCUAGUGCAAAGUAUGAGGAGGCGAUGAAAAAAGCCAAGGACCGAGAGCUAAAGCGUCAGCAAGCAAUUCUUCUAAAGCAGCAGGAACGAGAACAGAAACGACAGCAGCAAAUGAUGAUUCGUGCUCUUGAAAUCCAGCAAAAGGCUGAUGAGCGCGAGAGGCAAAAGGAGGAGAAAAGAAUGGAAAAGAAGUUGAUUAAAGAGAGGAAAUUGGAGCAAAAGAGAAGAGAGCUCAUCCUUACAAGAGAGCUCAAGAAGCCUGUGGAGGAUAUGGUUCUCCGUGAUGCUAAGCCACUGCCAGAGAUCCCAAGAUUGUCAAAGUGCAUCCUGCCUGGAAAAGCCUUUGCAGAUCUACUCAUGGUUGAAGAGUUUGUCCACAAUUUUGGUGGAGCACUUGAUAUAGACCCCGCAGCAGAAAUGCCAAGUAUUAGCGACAUGCAGCUCUCUAUGCUGUGCCAGGGAGAAGAUGUGUUGCUGCCAUUAUGUCAACUUCUGUUGACCCAAGCCAUGGCAGAUCCAGGCUGUGAUGGGCCUUAUGCUGUGACAAAGCUGGGGCAACCACUUCACAAAGUAGAGCUAACCGAUAACAAUACCUCCGAGAUUCUACGCUUAUUCGUGAUGAGCAGAAAUGGUGGUCCCAACGAAUUGUCAGAUGCUUUGGAAGAGCAACCCUUUCAGUCCUUGUCUCCUGUGCAGAAAGGCUCAGUCUUGGCAUUCUUGGUCAAUGAGCUUCUUUGUAGUCGCGUGAUUAUCAAGGAAAUAGAAAACAGCAUUGAGACCAUGUCUAACCUCAGAAAAGACAAAUGGAUCAUUGAAGGACGUAUAAGAAAGCUCAAAGCUAUUCAGGCAGAAAAGUACCCAGUUGUUAAGAUAAAGAAGCCACCUGGGCGCCCAAGGAAUGUAGACACCACAUCAAUAGACAAUGACAACAGCCGCGAUGCUGCAUCCAUUGCUGAUAGUAGUAUACAAGGUAAUGAUGAUGAUGAUGAUGAAGAGGAGGAAGAAGAUGAUGAUGAUGAAGAGGAGGAAGAUGAUGAUGAAGAUGGUGAAGGUGGUGGGAAUGGCUCUGGGUCCAGCGAUGAAUCAGAAGAAGAAGAGGAUGACAAAGAGCCUCAGACACAAGAAGAAUUGGAAGGAAGGUUACAAAAACUAGAAAAGAAACACGCGAAGUUCCGAACUAAACUAUUUGGCCACUCUCACUCUUUGAGGGCAUUGACCCUAGGCCAAGAUAGAUUUAAACGUCGUUACUGGGUACUCCCUCACACUGGUGGAGUGUUUGCUGAAGGUCUAACAAGUGCAGAGAAAGAUGGGAUGCAGAGUGAUAUUCCCGCCCAGGGAGAUAGAGAAAGAGUAGAAAAUCUGGAUAUAAAUAGCGCUAUCACCGAAGGAACUCAAAGACAAAGAAACAGUCAACAAGCCUCUGUUAAAAUGGAGCAAGGUGCUAUUACUCCUCUACAGUCAUCAGUGAACGGAACAAGUUGCUUGGAAACACCAACUACACCCAAACAUUCAAUUCCAGUUAACACCUCUGCUGGGCCCUCAUCUCAGUCUCAGUUUAUAAAAAUAGAAAACCUUAUCAAAAGUUCUGAUGGAGCUACAUCAGCUGUGAUAGUUUCUCCCUCACAGAAUCUUGUUGUCUCUCAAAUAAUACCCCAGAACACCUGUAACAACUGGUUCAGCCUUCUUCCGCGCAUGCCAUGCGACGAAUCAUCUCUGACUCUGUCACACACUCCACUAAGUGGAAACUUUGUCCCAACUUACAGUAAGAAGGCAGAAAUAGUACUGAUGGACUCGCCUAUUCCCAUCAAGAGACCCCCAGGCAGACCUCCUAAGAAUGCUGCACAAAUUGUUUAUCAACCAAACCUUGUGUCGCUCUUUGGAUCUGGCAGUCCCAACCUUAUGUCAUCACCAGGCAGUGCUGCGGCAUCACCUGAGAAACGAGGGCCUUGCACUAGUGCGAGUAGUACGUCUCAUGUCUCCACUAUGUCUCUAUCAUUUGAAGAGCUGAAGAAGAGUGUGUUGGAAUCUCUAAGACAGGAGCCUGCACCAAUUCCACCAGAGGUUCAGCAUGGAUGGUGGCGUCUGACGGAACCAAGCAACAUCAAAGAGCUUGUCAAGGCAUGUCAUAGCAGAGGAAUUCGCGAGAAAAUGCUCCAGAAAAAUUUCCAGAAGUACUCUGAAUAUAUUAGCUCAUCUUGUAAAAAGCCAUUCUGUGAUGAAGACGACGACUCUGAGACUGAUGAAGAGGAUGAAAAGACUGAGGACAAGCUUGCAGAGGGCACACCCGUUGACGAUAACUGGUUUCCUGCAGCAGAGUUUGCAGUAAACAAAGCCAUCAUGAAGGAGGUGGAGGAGCUUGAGGAGAAAGUGUUUGCUGCUAGUCUUCAAGUCAAGGGAUGGAAACUGCCAGCUAAGGUCACUAAAGGGCUGACCUAUAACCCUGAAGCCAAGACAGACCCAGAGAAUAACUUACUUUCGAUGGCUGCAACACGUCUUGCUGCUGUUGAGCUUGGCAUCGAGAGGCGCUACUUAAAGCACCCCUUCCGAGAUGAUAAAGUGCAGAUACCAACAAAUAUUGGAACUGCGCUCGCACCAGGAGAAGUUCCCUCCGCCGAAGCACAGGAAGAGGAAAAUAAAACAUCGCCUGGAAAGUCAAGUGGAAACAUCACCCAUGCACUGAAAGUGUGGCGUGCUGCAGUAGCAUCAGUUAGCAAUGCAUCACAGCUUGCAAUGUGCCUGUCUAUGUUGGUGGGGUACAUUGCUUGGGACAAAUCCAUCAUGAAAGUGUUCUGCCAGAUGUGCCGUAAAGGUGACAAUGAGGAGCUCCUUCUUCUAUGUGAUGGCUGUGAUCGGGGCUACCAUACCUACUGCUGCAUGCCCAAGUUGACGACUAUCCCAGAGGGAGACUGGUAUUGCAUGGACUGCAUUGUUCUGGCGGCUGGUGGAGACAACUGCUGUGUGUGUGGUGGACCAGCAGGCAAAAUGGCCAAGUGUGACAACUGCCCUAGGAACUUCCACUUGAAGUGUCUGGAACCACCGCUAGUCAAGAUGCCUCGUGUUUCCUGGACCUGUCCCAAGUGCAAAAAGCGGCGUGCGAAGAACAGCACCCCACGGCGCAAGCGGGAGAAGAAGAAACACUCUGAGUCAGACUCACUGCGGGACAUUGACUUUGAGAUGAGUCAAGACGGCGAGGAUGAAGAGGGAGACAACCAGGAGACUCGACACCACAUUAACCGCAAACAGCAGUCCAAAGACAUGGCCCCAUGCAGGACAAUACUGGCCGAGAUGGAGAAACACGACGACGCCUGGCCAUUCCUCAUCCCUGUCAACGCUAAGCAGUUCCCUGAAUACUACAAGAUCAUCCGGAAGCCAAUGGACUUCCACACGAUGAAGAUCAAGCUUCGCGAUUACCAGUACUCCUCCCCGCAAGAGUUCGCUCAAGACAGCCGACUGGUUUUCGCCAACUGCGAGGAGUUCAACGAAGAUGAUUCUGAGGUUGGCCAAGCUGGAAAACGCUUGUCAAAGUUCUUUGAAAGUCGCUGGAGUGACUUGUGCCAAGGAAGCUAGCUCUCCCGCUCUGCACGCCUUUGAUGUCGCUGAAGUAGUUCAAGUUUCGAGUCGUCCUAUUGGGGAAUAUCGGGAAAGGGUCUCAAUAAAAACCGAAAUAAAAAGAAUAGACAAAAAACAAUGGACUAUUUGUAUAGUUUAGAUAGCCGACGCCCUGGACUUUUCAACAAAGCAAUGAAAAGCUAUUUUCUAAAAAUAAUGCCUUCGAGUUUCAAAGUUUAUACAGAUAAAUCUAAUUCUUCAGCAAAGCUUUGUAAUAUCUUCGUAGUUCUCUUCAUGUGAUUAUGAUAAUAAGACAGUCUCGUGAGUCUUGUACAUACCUCGCCAUGGUCUCCGAGUAUUUAAGAAUACGAAUCGCACUAAUCGACGUUGUAUAGACAAGAGUGAUAACAAAAUUUUGUAUGGAUUUUUUAGAAUGCUGAAAAUAAAUCAGGUUUUUAAGGAA